CCGUGAGAGGCUGGUGGAAGUCCAAUGACCAGAGAAGAAGUAAAGAAGAGGCGCGCUCAGAGUCUGAAUUUGAAUCACGGAAAGGACUUCUCCGCUGUCAGUGCCACCACAAUGGCUCAGGGUCAUAAAUUUCAAGACCUGGAGGAGACGGGGGAGGCGAUAUUGGCCUUCAUCAACAGCAGCAAAGCUGAGAAACUGAAGCUGAUUAAAGAUGAACUGCAGACCUUUUCUGACCAGCACAUGGAGACAAAAAAGAUUGUGACACAGAUUUUAAAGGAAGAGGCUCAGAUUGCGGAGAGUGUUGGCCAGAGGCUGCUGGACAUGGAGGAGGAGAAGAAGCAAAGGGAGAGGGAGCUGGAGAGUCUGGAGGAGCAGCUGAGGCAGUGCAUAGCCAAGAGCCAGAUCACUGACUCAGAAUUACAGUUCCUGAAGGGAGAGUUAGAGAGUCUGAAAAACACUGAACACGAGCUUGAGACCCUUCAGAGUGAGGUGGAUGAAGACACCACAGAGGUUAUCCCUUCAGCAGUGUAUGUGGCUCAGUUGUUCUACUUAAUAACCAAGAUCAAGUGGGAGUAUGAUGCACCACCCAACAUCUUAAAAGGAGUGCACUAUGGUGCAGACCUUGCAACUCCCAUCAACAUUGACACCUCUAUGCGAUCACGGAGUGAUGUAAGCGACCGGCUGUGGGGCUUUGUCAACACUGAAUGGUAGAUGAGGGACGGUGGUGUGGUGUAGCCAGAGAUUUUGUGUACAUUAUGUAUCUGUUUUCCUGUUAAUGUGUUUGUUGUUUUAUUAUGUUCUAUAUAACACUGAUAUUGUUUUAAAAAAUUAAAUGACUCAGACCAACA